AUGUGAUCUUUAAUGAAUAAGUCAUCAGAACUUUGGCUUCAUGUCUAUGCGAAGGACAGCACAGUGUCUCCAGUCACCAUUCUGGGGUUCAGAAAUUCUGGUCCGCGGGAAAGAGCGCCCCCUGCUGGGGCACUGCCACCAAUUACAGCCACAGCCUCUAUUUCCUCAGAGGCCCAGACUCGGUCUUGCUCAGCUCCUGAGCCCCGACGAGAUGGGGAUUCCAGGUAAGAGAGAUGCUGCCUGAAAACAACACGUCUUUCAUCUCCAUAUAAACCAUCUGGGAAAACAUCUAGUUUAUUCAAACGGAGCCUCAAAAGAAACUUCACAUUUAGAACUUCAAAACAUGCACAGCUGUUAUCAGGCCAAUGGCUUCUCGCAGUGGGCGCUCUGGCAUUUUACUGAGUCCAUAUGACAGGUAACUUCCUUCUGAAGAUCUGGGCUGAUCAUUGUAGGAUGGGACACAACCUGCACAUCUGUGACUCGUGCUCUCCGCUAGGUUUGUAGGGUCCUGUCUCCUUCCUCUUGUAGAGCUUGGAUAAUGUGCAUGUUCACUCAUCUCCGAGCCCAAGAUGACACUUGUUGGCCAUAAAAAAUUUGCAAAUAAGAGAAGACCGUUUAACCAUCAUCUGUCCCAUUUAACAGUUAUUAACCAAUGAUCCCAAACUCCAGGGUACCAGCUUCAACCACAUGGCAGGGUAGUUAGUUGUGUAGAGAAGUGCCUUGCUAUUUGAUAGGCGACUGGUUGAAGCACUUCAUCGCCUGUGAUCAAUUCACUACCUAAUGAGGUGCUGUAGCACUUAUACAACAGUGUAUCACUCAAGGGUAUCCUGGUCAGGAAUCAUAGAUCAAUCAAAAUAUCCCAAAACUAGUUACGUUAUUUAAAAAAAAGCAUAGCUGCGUAGAAUGUCAAGUUUAUUUCUGCUGCUCGGGAGUAACAACGACCAGCUCCGUUUAAAUAAAAUGAACCAUCGAACAGCACUGAGUGACUGGUGACGAGCCCCAGGCUGAAGAAAUUUCUGAUAGGACGAGGCGCCAGCAGCCACAACUUUCGAUUUGGACGGGAAAUUUGUGCGGCUGCUGCCCCGAUGUCAACCUCUCCACCUGAUCACCGGAAAACACAUCGAUAUCCAUCACGCUCGACGCGUAAUCGAUAUUGUGAUCACCGUUGCCUUGUCGCGGGUUUUGUGACACCUUUGGAGAGCUUUUUAAAAAUAAUAACAAUCCAAUGAGUCAACAAACUGCUCCGAAAUCGAAGCAAAACCGAAAGUAAUCGUGUUCGCGUUAGAACGCAUUUUGUUAGCUUCAACAAAUCCGUUUCUCUCGUACUCCGUUUUUAAUAUACUUCUAAGCUGCUGCAAUGCAUAUUGGUUUUAAAAUCGCCUUAUUGAUAAAUUUAUAGGAUAACAGGUUCACGGGUUCUGUUUGUUACUGCUAGUUUUUAUUGUUAAGUGCGCGAUGCGGCUGGCAUUUGGGGUAUUGGUCCUCGCUUCUCAUCUGAUGUCUUCGGUGUCUGGCUCCGUGGCGGAUGUGGUGCUGGCGUGCUCGCUCGUGGAGGAGGGAGGGGGUAUGGGGGGAAGGCUGGCUGGGGCUGGGGCGCUCUUCACCAGAGACGAGGCCACGCUAGUUCUCCGCGACCUGCCCGUGACAGCCGACGAGUCGCUCGACACCGUCACUCCCUUCGCCCCCCCGGCUCCCGAUCCCGAGAACCUGAUCUUCGAGGCCACAGUGACAUCACUGGAGAUCCCAGAAGCUGAUUCGCUCCUGCACGCUGACUGCAACGAACAGGAGGUGACCUGUGAGAUUAGCCGCUACUUCCCUCGGGGUCCAGAAGGGACAGAGCCGUCUCCAGAGGAUGCGUUUUUCAUUGGUUCACUGCAGCUGGAGGGAGGUGGGGUCAGCCUCACUUUGGUGCUGAGGACUCAGCCAAUCCCAGCAGAGCAGGAAGAGGAUGGAGGCAGGCCCCUCAGGCAGAGCAAGCUGGACCUGCCUCUGAGCCCAUCCGGAACCAUCCUGAAUGAAGUGGUGUUUGUGGUCUUCACGAGAUUGCAGUCCCUCACUGCUCCUCUGGGGGGCAGUGCGCUCAUUGACUGUGGCUACAAGGAGGCCACUCCCUCACAGGAAGUGGCUCUGGAGUGGCGACUGCAGCACAAGGGACAUGGGCGGAGAAUCCUGCAGCUGAGAGCAGGGAGGGAAGGGGAGGAGCCAACAGUCCAUCCAGAGAGAGAGGGAGCGAGUGUGGAGCCAGGGCUCGUGCUAGAAGAAGGAAAUGUAUCCCUGACUUUGACCAAUGUGAAGGUGGCAGACGAGGGCACCUAUAUCUGCACCGUCGGCUCCGGGGUGUACCAAGCGCAGCAAGUCAUCCAACUGCACAUCACUCAGACCCCCUCAGUCACUCUCACUCCAAACCAGCUAGUGUUCCAGGAUGAUACACCUCAGAGGGUGAUCUGUCACUGUGACCACUAUUACCCCUUGGAUGUUCAGGUGGAGUGGUUCUCACUCUCCCCAUCUGCCUCUGAGCCUGUCCCUAUCUCAAAUGGGGUCUAUUUCUCCAGUCACCGCCAGCACAGUGACGGGACCUACUCUCUCUCUGCCUACAUCUCCGUGUCCCCCUCUGAAGAUUUGACUGGAGCUACAUUUUCCUGCAUUGUGUCACACCACUCUCUCUCUGAGCCCAUCACAGCCAGUAUCACCGUUUCCGCCCCCGAGGAGUCCCAGCUGUGGAGCAUGGUCGGAGGAGUCCUGUCGUUUGUGCUGUUCCUGUUCGGACUGUUCAUGCUGCUGAGAUAGACAGACUGUGACCAUGAUGGGAAGAAAAGAACAAACGAUGAAGAAAUUUCAUUUGUACAGCUUGUACAGAUUUGGGUGUAAAGAUAUUCAAAUAAACGGUCCUGUAAAUUACUUAA